GAUUCCGCAGCUAUCGUGGAGUUUCAGUUCCAACAGCCUGUCCCCCAGGGUCAUACUGCCCCCCUGGGACAGAGGACGCCAUGCAAAACCUCUGCCCACCAGGGACUUACAGUAAUAAGACGUCACUCCAGAAUGAGACUCAAUGUACACCAUGUGACCCUGGAAUGUGCUGCACAGGGCAAGGAAACACGGAGCCACUACAGCAAUGCUCGCCUGGUCAUAGAUGUAUCCUUGGAGCUGAAACGUGCACACCGACAGAUGGCGUCACUGGUGAUAUCUGCCCUGAGGGUCUGUUCUGCCCAAUGGGUAGUGUAACGGGAGAGGGAUGCCCCCUGGGA